CAAGAAGCUGCAGAGCAGUAGACGCCAUGGCCGACAGGAUCAGCACUGGGGAGCUAGGCCGGAGACCGGGGCAGGGAAGAGUAGACCUUUUGCUAGUUGGAGAUGCCACACGAUACUUCCUGGCUGGCUCUGUGCAGAAAUUCUUUUCCAGCACAGCACAGAUCACCCUGACCAUUAGCAACGUGAAGAAGGUAGCCACGCUUCUGGCUGCUAACUCGUUUGACAUAAUCUUCUUGAAGGUGACUUCUACCUUAACUGCAGAGGAGCAGGAGGCCGUCAGAUUGAUUAGAUCUGGCAAGAAGAAAAACACACAUUUGCUGUUUGCUUUUGUAAUACCUGAGAAACUUAGAGGCUAUAUUUCAGAUUAUGGAGCUGAUAUUAGUUUCAAUGAGCCACUGACCUUGGAAAAAGUGAACACUGUGAUAAACUACUGGAAAACGUAUUUCACAAAUACGGAUAUGGGGAACACUGAGUUGCCUCCAGAAUGCAGACUCUACUUCCAGACUUCCUGCAGCGAACUCGGAGGGCAUUUCCCUACAGAUCUGUUUCUUUGCUCUGAACUGCUGAAAAAUGACACUGGACUUGGAUUAAAGGCCCCAUUGUCGAGUCCAGAGAGAAACAAAAAGGCUUCUUUUCUUCACUCAAGCAAAGAAAAGCUGAGACGAGAGCGCAUCAAGUUUUGCUGUGAGCAGCUGCGCACUCUCCUGCCAUAUGUCAAGGGGAGGAAGAGUGAUGUGGCUUCCGUCAUCGAGGCCACAGUUGAUUAUGUGAAGCAGGUCCGGGAGUCUCUCUCGCCAGCCAUUAUGGCCCAGAUUACAGAAUCCCUUCAGAGCAAUAAGAGGUUUUCUAAGAGACAGAUGCCCAUCGAGCUGUUCCUCCCCUGCACAGCCACAUCACAGAGGGGAGAUGCUAUGCUGACAAGUGCUUUCUCACCUGUGCAAGAGAUCCAGCUCCUGGCUGACCAGGGCUUGAAUGUCUAUUCCAUGCCUGCUGCAGGAGGACCUUUGGAGGAAGCCGUGAGAGGUCAGCCGGGCUCUGUUUCAGAGGAUCUUUAUAAGACUCGAGUCCCCAGCACGACCCUCUCUCUGAACUCCUUCCAUGCUGUCAGAUACUGCUCUGGACCCGUCUCUCCCCAUGAGGCAGCUGCCAGAACAAACCAGAACAUUUCCAUUUAUUUGCCACCCACUGGGCCCAGUGUGUCCAGCUUUACUCCUCAGCACUGCAAUGCCAUGCUUUGCCCAACACGCCCAGCCAGCUCCAGUUGUCUGUGCACUUCCGGUCAUGAGCUUCCAGCCAGUUCUCGCACUGCCUCAUCCACCAUCUUUCGUGGGUUCCGAGAAUCAGACUCAGGUCACCAGGCUUCUCAGCAACCCACUGGGUCGUCUCUGCAGCCUCAAGACAGCAGUUACUUUUAAGAAAAAUUAAUGUUUGAAAACAUGUAGUUUAGUUGCCUGAAGACGCCAGUUAGCUUUAUUAACUUUCAUGAUACAGAAAUGCAUUUGUGACAUUGUGAGUAAGGAUGGGUAGACUCAAUUACUGUGUACUUCUCCCUCCCUCCCUCUCAACAGUUUGGGGCGUAAACAGUCCGUGUGUGGGGCUCAUGUUCUAGACCACAUGCUGGGCACACUUGUUCAGUUGAGGAAGAAGGGACAAAAAAAGAUAUUUGAAAGCUGCUGAUCGUGUUGUCUGAUAAAUGUGCUAGAACCUUCCAAAGAUACAUAGAAAGAUAGUUGAUGGCAGUGACAGCCUUGUCACUCAGGCAUCUUCAUCCAUGUCGGGAUUUCCCAAUGCAUCAGGAAUCUGCAGGCCGAGUGACUCCCCCUCUCCCCCCCCACAUUCAUUCUACCAAAAAUAUAAUUGUUCACGUUGUGAAAAACAUACUACAAAGAAUACCUAUGUGGAGGUAAACAUCUAAGACCAGGACGUCCCAGGGUAGCUGUAGCCUGGGGAUUGCUUCUGUCAUUGAUUUCUAGUUGGUAUCUUCUCUAGAUUUGGAAUUUGGAGAGCCCCCUUCUUCAUUCGUCAUCCACACUAAAAUAAUCAGGGAGAUGUGGAGCAACUCUGCUUGUCCAUUUGGUGAUUCCGGAUAAACUGAUAUGCUUUUGAUUGCAUUUUGCAAUCUUGUGAGUGGAAUGGCACUUACUUUUCCUUGCUGGACCCACAGAUAACUGCUUUGUCCUUUCCUUGUACGUGUGUUUGAGCAACUGCUGGAAACAAGGAAAGAGAGAGAGAGGGAUGGUGGUUUUAUAUUUCACUGAAAUGUUCUUACACAAACGUUUUAUUGUUAAAGUGUAAUCCAUUGUUUUGUUUAAUAAAAUACUUUCUCUUUUAA